GAGCCGGGCAGGGGCCGCCCGGCCGGGCCGCGGGCAGCUGGGAACCGGCGCCGGGAGGAGGCGAAGCUGGGCCCGUGGCUGGGAAUCCGCUGACGGAGACAGCCGGGGGCAGGGGGAACGCGAGGAGGCAGCGAGCCUGCCCCACGUACCCGCCUGCCCUGGCGAGAUCGGGGAGCCCCGUCCUGUGCUGCUCAGCCAGAGCGGAGCAGAGCUCGGGGCACUGCUCGCAGGCACCUUGCACUGGCCCUCCGGGGGGUGGACAUGGGCAUUGGCUGUGCCCUGGCGAGCAGGCGCCUGGGCAGGGCCCCUGGGGCUGCCAGUGACUGGGCCGGGCCGGGGGUGUAACCGGUUCCAUGGACAUGGCGGCGAGGGACAGGUUUGCAGAGAUGCAGGACAGGCUUCGGAUCCUGGAGGACCUCAACAUGCUGUACAUCCGGCAGAUCGCGCUCAGCCUGCAGGACACGGACAUCCAGAAGAAGAUUGACCAUGAGCUCCGGAUGCGCGAAGGUGCCUGUAAGCUGCUGGCAGCCUGCACACAGCGGGAGCAGGCGCUGGAGGCAACCAAGAGCCUUCUGGUCUGCAACAGCCGCAUCAUGGCCUACAUGUCCGAGCUGCAGCGCAUGAAGGAGGCGCAGGUGGCGCAGAGGACGGCCCGGCGCCCCUCGGACGCUGGCCCCAUGGACGAUCGCUUACCCUGCAGGGGGAAGGUCUGCGUGUCAGAUCUCCGGAUCCCCUUGAUGUGGAAGGACACGGAGUAUUUCAAAAACAAGGGAGACCUGCAUCGCUGUGCCGUGUUCUGCCUGCUGCAGCUCGGCGUGGAGAUCUAUGACACCAAGAUGGUGCUGGUGGACCGGACGCUCACGGACAUCUGCUUCGAGAACGGAGUCCUCUUCACGGAGGCGGGCCCGGACUUCGAGCUGAAGGUGGAGCUGUACAGUGCGGGGCUGGAGGAGGACUCUGCGCUCGGUAGCACCCCGAAGAAGCUGGCCAGCAAACUGAGCAGCUCGCUGGGACGCUCCUCCGGGAAGCGGCUGCGCGCGGCGUUGGACGGGGCCCCAGGGAGCCCCGUGAGUAAUGGGGGGAGCAGCCCCCUCCUGCUGCCGGCCCCCAGCGUGGCGGGCCCCAAGUACCACCUGCUGGCCCACACCGUGCUCUCCCUGGCCGAGGUUCAGGACAGCUUCCGCACCCAUGACUUGGCCAUCACCAGCAACGAGGAGAGCUCCUUCUGGCUGCCCCUCUAUGGCAGCAUGUGCUGCCGCCUGGCUGCCCAGCCCAACUGCAUGGCCCAGCAGAUGAUGUGCGGCUUCUUGAAAUUGCAGCAGCAGGUGGGCGAGCAGCAGAGCUGGGCGCGGCUGUUCUGCGUGCUGCGGGGCUCCAACCUCCUCUGCUACCGCCGGCCCCAGGACGCCGAGGCCCCGGUGGAGCCAGCACUCACCAUCGCCAUCAACAAGGAGACGCGGAUCCGGGCCACGGAGAAGGACCCCAGGAACAAGCUGCAGAGCAUGUCGGUGACCAACCGCUACGGGGGGGAGGAGGUGACGCACACGCUGCUGGCGGAGAGCCGGGCCGACACGCAGCGCUGGAUGGAGGCCUUCUGGCAGCACUUCUACGACUUGAGCCAGUGGAAGCAGUGCUGCGAUGAGCUCAUGAAGAUGGAGGUGCCGUCCCCACGCAAGCCCCCAGCCCCGCUGGCCAAGCAGGGCUCCCUGUACCACGAGAUGGCUAUUGAGCCUGUGGACGACAUUGAGGCCGUGACGGACAUCCUGGCGCGGCGGGUGACGGCCCUGGAGCUGCGGCCGGACCUGGGCUGCCCCCCAUGGCUGUCUCUCUUCGAGGGGCCCCUGCUCAGCGCGUCCCACACCAGCAUCACUUCUGAGCCGGCCAGCGCCAGCCCCUCUCGCUCCCGCCCGGCGUGGGGCCGGCCCCGCACGCUCUCCCUGGACGCCAGGCUCAGCACGCUGAAGGGGUGUGCUGGGAAGGGCCCCGCCGCCCCCCUGCGCCCGCUGGCCGGCCCCCCCCACUCCAGCUCCUCCAGCAGCGGCAGCACCACCCCCGAGUCGGAGCGCCAGGGCCGCCGCCCCACCCGGGAUCCCCGCAGCUGUCUGCAGUCCCAGGUCUGAGCAGCAGGGGGUGCCCGGAGCCGGCGCCUGCACCCUGACCAGGACUGGAGGGGACGGGGGAGAUGCCCCGGGCAGGGGUCCCAGCCAGCCCCAUGGCCCCCCUGCUCAGGCAGCAGCCUUGGCUGGGUCGCGCUGUCAGUUCUCCGUCCUGAGCAGCACCUCCCCACCCCGUCCUCCCGCUGAGCCCCCGCCCCCGGGGACGUCGCUCUCGCAGGGCCAAGGGACCCCACCGGGGCCUGGCUUGUGGGGAGACCACAGCAGAGCCCGAGCCCCCUCGUCCCCACCCGGGGCAUCCCUGGCCAGCUGCCUGGCAUCUGCUGGGGAGGGGGUUAGGAACAACCGUCCCUGCCCCCAGCCUGGGGCACGGGGUCUGCUCGCUCCCCCGGCUGCGCUGAGCCCUGAGCCAAGGGCCUGCCCCACAGGUGCUGAGCUCACCCCCUCCCCCGGGAGCUGCCCCAGACAGACACAGCACCGGGAGCGGGGCAGCCUGCGGGUUCUUGGGCCCGUGGUGGGGGGCGGGCGGCUGAACUGGCUUCAGAGCAAAGGCUGAACCCGGGGGGGGCUUCGGGACAAAAAACUGGAAUUAUUUUGGCACAGGUGACACUGAAGGGGAGGGGGAUGGGCCUGGGGAUUCCCUAAUUCCAGCUCUAACGGCUUCUCCUCACUAACCAGCCCCUGGGGCUGGAAUUGGCUCCAUGCCCCCGCCCCCAAAAGAGCCCAGCUCCCCUGCAGCGGUGUGCACAGCCCCUCCCCCAUGGGGCUGGCUGUCGGGGGGAGGGAACCGAGGCUGCAGCUGCCUCAUUAAUAUGCAUUAAAAUGUAUUUAAUGUUCCCAGUCUCUGAUUUGGGGCAGGGGGAGGAGUGGGGCGGGACCGGCCCUGCUGGGGUGACCAGAUGUCCUGGUUUUACAGGGACAGUCCCGCUAUUUGGGGCUUUGUGUUCUAGGGGCUCCCCCCCCCCCCCUGGCCCUGCUGGGGGCAGGGUGCUCACUGGGCCCAGCUGGCCUCACCCACCCCGCGAGCUGGGGCCCUGCAGGCAGCUGUGAGGGC